CUCGCCGCUGCGGAGGCCGGAGGCGCGCGGCGCGGAGCGGGCGGAGCGCGGGGGCGGCGGCGGCGGCGGCGGGAGAGCGGCCGGGGGACCGGGGAGCCGGGCUUGCAGCGCCGAGCGGCCGCCCGAGCCGCGGCAGGAGCUUCUCAGCCUGGCCUAUGAGAUGAUGGGACUGGGAAACGGGCGUCGGACCAUGAAGUCGCCGCCCUUUGUGCUGGCUGCCCUGGUGGCCUGUAUCAUUGUCCUGGGCUUCAACUACUGGAUUGCGAGCUCCCGGAGCGUGGAUCUCCAGACGCGGAUCAUGGAGCUGGAAGGCAGGGUCCGCAGGGCGGCCGCCGAGAGAGGCGCGGUGGAGCUGAAGAAGAACGAGUUCCAGGGGGAGCUGGAGAAGCAGCGGGAGCAGCUGGACAAAAUCCAGUCCAGCCACAACUUCCAGAUGGAGAGCGUCAACAGGUUACACCAGGAUGAAAAGGCGGUUUUGGUGAAUAAUAUCACCACAGGCGAGAGGCUCAUCAGGACCCUGCAAGACCAGCUGAAGGCCCUGCAGAGGAACUACGGCAGGCUGCAGCAGGACGUCCUCCAGUUCCAGAAGAACCAGACCAACCUGGAGCGGAAGUUCUCCUACGACCUGAGCCAGUGCAUCAAUCAGAUGAAAGAGGUGAAGGAGCAGUGUGAGGAGCAGAUAGAAGAAGUCACCAAAAAGGGGAACGAAGCUGUGGCUUCCAGAGACCUGAGUGAACACAAGGAACCAAGCCAGCAGCUUCGAGCUCCCAGUGAGCCUCAGCCCCCGGCAGAGGUGCCACAGACGAAAGGGAAUGUGCCCAGUAACGGUGAGCCCCCGACGCCAGUCCCCAGUUCUGAGGCGGCUUUGGAUUUGAGGAGAGAGGGUGAGAAAGAGGAAACCAAUGACAUUCAGGUCAUCAGCGAGGAGGCGCUUCGGAGGGACAGCCAGGCGCUGCCACAGGAGCCAGACCGCGAGCAGGCUGUGGAAGCAGACAGACGUGCGGGCGGAAGAGGCACGGGAGAUGCUAGAGACCCCGGCCAAACCCCACAGGUGCCAGCCACCCUGCUGAGCCAGGAAAAUCAGGAGGUGGAGGAGCCUGAGCCUGAGCGGGACCAGCUUGUGGUCCGGGAUGGGCAGGAGGAGGAGCAGGAUGCUGACGAGGCAGGGAGAAACGAGCAAAAAGUGGGAGGAGAUGAUGACUACAACAUGGAUGAAAAUGAGGCAGAAUCUGAAACAGACAAGCAGGCAGCCCUUGCAGGGAACGACAGGAACGUGAAUGUUCUUAAUGCAGAAAAUCAGAAAAGAGACAAUAAGUUUACUUGAUCAGCAUGAAAAGAGGAAACCCACAAUCAAACUGGAAUCACUUCAUUUCAUGUCAGGACUGAACAGCGAUAACUACAAAAUAUUCGCAAGGGAUUGAAUACUGUGAAAUUUACUAAGUAACAUAUAGACCUAAAGAUGAUUAUUGUGGAAUUUUAGUAUGUCACUGGGGGUUACUUUUGAAGCAUCUAUAUUAAAGAUGUUAACAUGUGUUGGCUAAUAGGUAUUUCAUGAGAAGAUCAACACCAAAAAUAGAACACAACUUCUCCAGGAUAGCGACAGUGGCACUUACCAUCCAGGAUCUGUGUUUAAAAUAAAAUCCACAGGAAGAGUCCAUAUUCUGGUGCGAAGGAGAGGCCUGCUGCACGUAAAAAAAACAACAACCCCAUCUCUUCUUGGUUCCUUCUGGAGUUACUCUCUUUUCCAACGGCCUGUCAUUUCUGUGCUCCCUGGUCAGCACUGGAUUACGGGUUUCUGCUCUCCUGUGCUCAUUCCUGGUUCUGACACUCAGAGGCCUGGAGCACUGACUACUAACACUACUGACAGCAUUGUAAACACGUUUAAACAACAAGAUGUUUGUGGGAGAAUUUUUAACGACCACUUGUAUAAUAGCCCUUGUUGUUAAUGUUAAGUGGCUUCUAAUGUGAAAACGGGUGAUCUGUACUUACUUUGCUAAUGUUUGUAGGCAAAGCAGGAUCUUCUGUAAUGAGUGGGCAUCACCAAAAAAAGCUAUGAGUGGAUUAGACUUGACACAACAGGGGCCAGAGCAGAGGUGACCCGGGUGCCCGAGGGCAGCACAGCUCCACGGGGAGGGUUGGUUGUGGACAAACUGCCUACUUCGCCGGAGGAAAAGAGAAAGUUGGUGUUGAACAGUACACGGUUAUAAGCUGGGAAAUAUUAGAAAGGGAAGAGAAAUGGCAUUGUGUCAUAGUUUUCAUAUUUAGCUUGUGGUAAAUGCCUAUCAAAACUGAUUUAAAAAUCAAAAGUUAAUGUUCAUUUGAAAAUGACUAAUCAUAAUUUACAUUGAUAAUAGUUUUGGUUUUAGUUGGUCCUUAAUAUUUCAGGAAAAUGGGCUUUUGCCACUUGUGAACUGGCAAAACCACACCAAUGGCUUUCAAUGAGGCUCUCUAAGCAGUUAAGUGGGUGGUGCGCUUACUAAAAUAUAUUUGGAGUUACAGGAUUGAGAUGCAGUCUCCUUGGGUCAUUUGGUGGGACUCCCUUGUUUUGAGAGGAAACUGGCCCAGAGGAGUUGGAGCAUAACCUGGCCACACACCCAGGGUGACUAGCUGUGCCCCUGGCAGUCACUGAGGCAGCACCUGCUUUGCCUUCAGGUUAAGCUCUACAAUUUGGAUGUUCUUCAUGUAUAAUUCCCUUUUACCUAAUUGCUAAGACUGAACUUUUCACCCAGAAAAGGCAUCUAAGAGUAUGUAAGUAGCUCUAUAAGAUUUUAUCCAAGUCCUUGUCCCACCUCCCUUAGUCUUAGGCUUGAUUUCCCAAAUAGUUAAUUCAUCUCAUGUUUAGUUAGUGUGCACAGAGUUGCUGAGAAAUGAAAUAGUCCAGCUUUUAAAACUUUCAGUUUUCCUUUCAUCCCUUAUUUGAUCGCUAAAGAACCAGCUUUUAAGUUGUGGAGAUGAGAUAUCAAUAUAAAUAAAAAGUAACCCGUGAUGAUGAUUUCAUCUUCAUUUACAGAGGCAUCAAGGCCAUUCCUUUAGGGCAGUGGUUCUCAACCGUGGCUGCACAUUAGAAUCACCCGGGAAUCUUCUUAAAAUCCUGAUUUCUGGGCCUCAUCCUCUGGAAAUUCUGUUUCUUUGUUAUGGGGUGGGGCCACAACAUUAGUAACAAAGAAACAAUUUCCAGAGGAUGAGGCCGGUUGAGAACCACUGCUUUAGGGGGUGUGCCAUGCGUGGUUUCUCCAGGCAGUCAUGCUUUAUUAUUACUGGCUUCCUGUGGGAUCACAAGCACCUAGCCCGAAGCACAACUUAGAGGUAUUAUGGCUGUUAAAAAACUAAACACACACCUGUGUAAUAAGCAUCCAAAUUAAAUCAGCAGCUAUUCUAAUCUGUAAUUGGCAUCAACUAAUUGGCACCUGUCCUCUAUUCUCAAAUGGUGUGUGGGCAGGAAAGAGGAAUCGUUUUAUCUUUUUUCCUGCAGAUCAGAUUGCAGGUGGAGAUUCUAAGCAACCUUGGAUUAGAUUUAGAUUUCCCGAGGAAUCUAAUCACAGCACACACCUAGUGUGUACUUUUGUGUGAUGAAGCUUGAGAAAUAAACCUCUCCCUGUUCAGUAUGUUGUCAUUAAAUAACUAGAUCAUUAACAUGAUUGUUUUAAUUGGUAAUUGCUGGUUAUCCAUUUAUAGAAGCUGGCAUGGUGAAGAGAAUUGUGAAUUCAUGGUCCUGGUGGUUAGUUUUACUACCAUUAUGUUUUAGCCUAAAAGAUUAUUAACUACAAAUAGUUAUUCUAACACUUGUCUUUGAAAUGGAUUUUAGAAAAAAUUUUUAAUGGCAGAGGUUCUAUUAACUGGGUUCUAUUAACUUCCUUUUUGCACAUAUUAGCUUAGAUGUUGAAAAUGUUCAUUAGUGCCUGAAAGUUGGGAAAAGUUUAUUUUGAUUGUGUAUUUAAAUGUUUGUUUGUAUGCUAUUUCUCAGCUCAGAGAGCAACACUUUCUUAAAGUGUACUAAGCCACUAUUCCUUAAAAACUGGUUUGUAAAAUUCUGAUAAUGUAUACACUGUAAGAUUAUUCUAAAAUACAUAUCUUCCCAUGUACUUAACACACACACAACUGAAAGGCUUUAAUUCACUGGUAUGCAUCUCUGGGAAAAGUUAACUGGCUUUUGAUAUUAUCUUUAUACACUUCAGAUAAUGGGUUUUACAAACCAAGGCCCUAAUAAAUUGAGACAAAUGCUUAUUUUCUAUUCUUACUCAUGAACUGAGUGACAUUGAACAUAAGUUGCCAAUAUAAUUUACACCCCUGGAGAUUCUAGUCCUAUGCUGGGUGCUUAGUAAAUAUUUUACUCUUAAGUCCAAAUAAAUGAUUGUGAUUGAUCAGA